ACUAUGCUGCCUGUCAUGCUAAGUCACACACCCUCCGGCGCAUCAAUCAAGCAACUGGAGCACUUCGGGCAACUCAUGAAGUCGGGACAUUUUCGUAAAUUCGAUCGUGGCUAUUUGCGUAAUCAACUCGAAUAUAAUCGCAUCACACCGCCCGAUUAUGAUCUGUCCAAGGUGAAGGUGCCGGUCGCACUCUAUUACUCGAUGAACGACAUGCUGGUGUCGACGACGGGCGUCGAUCGUUUGGCACGCGAAUUGCCCAAUGUGAUUGACAAAUAUUUGGUGCCCAUGGAGAAGUUCAAUCAUUUGGACUUUUUAUGGGCGAUCGAUGUCAAGUCGCUCGUGUACAAUCGCCUUGUGAGGAAUAUUCGACGCGUGGAGAAUUAUAAGCAAAAGCAAACGCAACAAAUUAAUGCGAGCAUACAACAGUUAGGUGCGCAAUUGCAGCAGCAACAGCAGCAGCAACAACAAGAAGAAGAGCUGCGCAAACAGCAGCUGGCACAACAACAACAGCAAGUGGAACCGAAACAACAACAGAGGAGCGCCAAUUUGCAUUCGCACUCAAACUUAAAUUAUCAUUCGAUUUCAGCCGCCAAUGUAAAUUCGAAUACAAUUGGCAGCGCUAGCCAGCGCAUAAAUGUACGCUUACACCCGCAUAGCGUACUUCAUGCGGUGCGCGUAGCGUUGCCAAAGUUCAUGCCGACGCCAGCGACAACACCAAUGCCAACUCAAACGACUUCGCUGCCGCUGCUGUUAAUGACGACAACGUCGACGACCCGUUCAAAAUUCAUAACCAAUUUGACACCGAAUUUUCAAACGAAUCCACCCAUUAGCAUCGAUUCUAACUCGAAUGUGAAUCAAGAUUCAACUGUGAUAAUUUCGAAUGUACACCCGGUUUAUAAGCCAGAGGACGAUGGGGGUGCGGAAGCGCCUAAGGGUUCCGAUGGCGAUGAAAGUUCUAGAGCAGACACAAGUACCACGCCACAGUGGCCAGCCGAUUCGAGUACCGAGCUCAAUGCGGAAGUGACGACAGUAAUUGCCUUCCUUGAAAGGCCGAAUAUGCCAGCGAGCGCGUGAGGCAUAACCUGAUUUACAUUAGUUUUAGCAAUGCUUUAGUUAGGUGUUAUAUGUCUAUUUUAAGUUUUUACGUGUUUAAGUUUUUUUUUGUAAUUAUUUUCGUUUCAUAGAUAGCUUGGCUAACCUUUUUCAUUUUCAGAAUUCCACACUUUGGUUUAUUCACGUUUGCUUUUAGCAAUUUUUAUUUUUUAUGUUUAGAUUAUUUUUGCUUUUCGAUCCUUGUAAAUCAAUAUUUGAUCACAUCACAAAAGUUAAUUUUAAUAUUGUGUUUAAUGUAGGUA